AUGGCUAAAUCUAAAGUCAAAAGGAAGCAGCAGAUUACGCAAGUCGACGCUCCAUCUAAAAAGCAAAAGACUGUAGCCAUUGUCACGCCGCCACCAGAGAAGGAUGCCUCCCGGCCCAAAACAAUCCAAAGCAUCGGUCUUGACGACGAUGACCUCGACAUCGCGAUUGAUACCCUGAGUACACUAGCACAGAAUCCGAGCGUCAUAAAAUCGAAGGCAUGCAAAGACUUACGAACGGCUGUUUAUGAGUUCCGACAGGCCUGUACGACUGGAUUCAAUACUUCAGUCGAUACCAACCUCACGGCUCGAAUCAGCGGAGCUCUUGCAGAUGGGGGAUAUACCGAGUCUCGAAUAUUGCUGGCGGAGAUGAGGAUAAGGAGACAGACACCAAAGCUUGGGGCGCUCUGCCGUUGGGUGCGAGAUCUCGACGUUGUGAGUGGCUUAGCAGAGCAGGUCGAUGGAUCAGGGAAUAGAACGACGAGGGAGGAAGAGCUGUUGGUUGUCUUGGAUGCGAUACUGAGGCUCACUGGACCUACCGACUACUCGAUGGAUGGGGAGGUUGCUGCUGCUCCAAUUAUUCCGCGAAAGGCGUGGGAUUUGCGAAAUGAGUUCACCGAGAGAAGGAAGAUAUACAAUAGCGUUCUAGAUGGCAGCAUACUCCAGACUUUCUCAAGCGAUAUCAAAUCUCAAUUCCGAAUCAUCGAAACAACUCCAGGUCUGCAACGCAAGCCUCCGAAUCUCCAUCCAGCCCUCCUCCACGCUUCGAGAGAUGAUGCAGUUCUACUAUUACCGAAUCCUCCAAAAACCACGCACCACACACAUCCCAUAGUCCCGAACUUACAUCUACUGAAAGACGUCCUGUUGCCCGAGGAGUGUAUACAGAUCAUUGCUGCCGCGGAGACGAUUGGCUUCAUACCAGACGCACCAAUACGGGCCGAAGGAGAUGAAAGCAGUAUUCUCGCACACAACUUCUACUGGAUUGUGGACGAUGCAUUCUCUUCGAAACUUUGGUCAAGAGUGCAGCCUUUCGUCCCAAAGGUUGUUAGUCAGAGGAAGGUCCGGGGGUUGAAUCGGAGGUUCAGGGUCUACAGAUACGUUCCUGGUGCUGAGUACCGUGCUCAUAUUGACGGUGCUUGGCCUCCUUCUUCAAUUGAUCCUACUGCUGACAAGUACAUCUACGACUCUUCUCCUGCCGAAGCGAAGCAAUCCUCUCUCUUUACCUUCCUGAUAUACCUGAACGAUGAAUUCGAGGGCGGAGAAACCACUUUCUUCUUGCCCAGUGCAAGAGAAGGAAGUAUGAAUGCAUACCCCGUGAAGCCGAUACAGGGAAGCAUUGUACUCUUCCCUCACGGCGAGACAGAAGGAAGUCUUCUACACGAAGGCACUGGCGUCCGCAAAGGAUCCAAACCAUCAGCGAAGUAUGUUAUACGUACGGACGUAUUAUACGACGUUGAUAUAUCAUAA